AAUGGAAACUAUGGGAAAUUGAGGAGAUGGUGGUUCAGGAUUCGUUCUCGUAGUUCUGUUCCUAAUAAUUAUUGAUUUUGUAAGUGAAUGCUGGAGUAUGGCUACAGAUAAAAUUCUCUGAGCUCACGAAGCUUCUAUUACUUAAAAACAGAGUGGACAGCUAUGUGUGGAGCCGAAAGAGAUGGGGGAGAUUUUGAACAAUUUCUUUUCUUCAGUAUUCACUAAGGAGAAGGAUAUUGAAUUGUGUAAGUUCAUUUAGAGAUAGAUCAAAACGACAAGAUGUUCACUUGCGAUAUUUGUGGGCAAAGUGGCCUAUCAGAACCAGACAUGAGGACGCACAUGUUCUUUGCCCAUGAAGAAAAUGAGAAUAGUUGUCCAAUCUGUGAUUUAUCUGGAAUCAGUUAUGACGAACUAACGCUCCACAUGGAGACCUGUCAUGGUGAGGUGAAACCUGAUGAUGAAAUGACAACCUCUUCCAUUGAUCAAGGAAAGGAUCCUGAUUCUUCACUUCGAGUCACUGGAUGUAGUGAAUCUCCAGAACAAGAAGUGUUUGAAGUGAAAGGGAAGGCAGGGCCAGAACCAGAAGCGCUUCAUGUGGCUUGUUCUGCAUCAGUUUCUAACAGUGAGAGACUAUUUAAACAGAACAAUAGGAAGAGAGAAUCUAGAAGGUUAACACCAUCAGAAAAUAUCAACGGGGCAUUUGCAGGAACAAUUUGGAUUCAGCCUGAACAAAAGCUGCCUGAUAAGAAAUGUGAAGAAUCGAAAGGCUAUGAACUUUGUGGCAAAUCUGAUGACUCUGUAACCUUUGGUUCCCCUGAAUGUCCUUUCUGUGGCCUAGUUGGAAGCUCGGGAAGAGACCUAAAUGACCAUGUUAAGAUCAAACAUGCAGCCAUGUUGGAAACACCUCAGAAAGGUUCUGCAAAGCAGAGGCUAUAUUCGUGUCCCAUGUGCAAACUGGUAUUUGAAAAUUGGCAGAUACUGCAGGAACAUGUGGAGUUACACUUAAGCGAGAGCAGAGCUGAAGAAUGUGCAUUGGCCGAUCGUCAGUUUGCUCAGCGACUACAGGAAGAGGAGAAUCAGCGAAGCAGGUUAUUUGAAACAAAAAGAGAGCAAGAGGAAUUUCAAAAGCUUCAGAAGCAGUAUGGAUUGGAUAAUCGUGGAGGGUACAAACAACAGACACUGGAAAAUAUGGAUAGGGCUGUUUGCCGGGGUGAAAUGAAACCUGCGGACUACCAUCGCCGGAGAGCAGAAGUAAUGGAAGCACUAGCAUUGGGGGAAGAUGAUGGCAGAACUAAGACGUGGGGUCUAAUGAGGGUGCUAAAUGAGUUUUAUCAGCAAAGUGGCACAGAUAUAAAGCACGUGUAUCUGAGUGCUGAAACAGAUCAUUACCAUUCGUCGACAGGAGACAAAGGAUGGGGAUGUGGAUAUCGAAACUUUCAAAUGGUUCUCUCCUCACUUAUCAAACUGGAACACUAUAAGAGCCAUUUACAUGACCAUGCGAUUCCUAUUAUUCCGAAAAUCCAGGCCAUGAUAGAAGGAGCUUGGAAGGAUGGCUUUGAUCCUCAAGGUGCCGCGUCAUUUGGAAACAAACUGCAGGGCACUCGAGCUUGGAUUGGGGCAACGGAAAUCUAUACCUUGUUAACCUUCCUAGGAAUAAAGUGCCAAAUUACUGACUUUCACCAGCCCACUGGCCCAUCAGGUACCCAUCCUCGUUUAUUUGAGAGGAUAUGGCAGUACUAUUCUUCAGGCAGGGAUGGAGCAUUACGAUUGCAACCCAAGGUCAUAUGGACAAACAAACCACCAAUCUAUCUUCAGCAUCAAGGUCACAGUCGGACUAUUGUAGGCAUUGAAGAAAGGAACAAUGGAACACUUUGCCUGUUGAUUUUUGAUCCCGGUAACCAAGAAAUCCAGAAACUUCUGCGCACCAAUAUGACUGGAACAAGUAUUAAAAUGAUUCGUAGAUUCAUCGGGAGUCUGAAGUACAAACAAUAUCAAAUUGUGACAAUAAGUGGUACUCUGUCAGUGGAAGAGAAAAACGCCCGUAAGCAUGGAUCGUCAGUGUUAACAGCAGAAAAGGUGCCAUAGUGCAAUUCUCGGACCUAGAAUUCAGCAAGUCGUCUAUUUUUCAGGUUCCUUACAUUUCCUUUUACUUGAGUCAUAUGUAAACCUUAGUUCACAAAUUCCUCCUUUUAUUUUUGAUUUGUAAACAUGAUCAAUUUAAUUGGAGGUAAUAUAUUUUUAUGCAUUUCUUGUAAGAUUGGCAAUGUUGCCCAUGAAGCAUAAAAUGGGAUGUAGCUCGUCUGAUACUAAUAUUCCACAUGCUGAUGAACAUUUGUAAUUAAUAAUUUCACAAGUGCCGUUCAAUAUUCUACUAAUGAAGGAUUUUGGUUGUGGUUCUGCCUUGUUUUCAGUUGGAAAUAUAGGUUUUUUUUUAGAGUUUCCUUGUGUAGAUAGAAUUACGUAAUAGAAAAUGUGUCGUGAACUUCUAAGAGUAAAAAGACUAAUCUAUCUAUUUUCCAGAUUACUCCGGUGGAUGCUUCGUUACUCUUUUCUACUAUGUAAAUUAUUGCUAAUAAACAUUUUUU